AUGUCUUCGACGGAAACACCAGCCGCAGCUCCUGAGAAUGGAGUUGUAAACCAACCACCGGCGACGUCAGCGCCGUUGAACGAGGGGACCAAGACCCAAGUGCAAGAUGUAUUGACAUCAGAGAUUGGCAUCUCGGUGAUGCUCAACCGCCUCAAGCAGAGCAUCGCCUCCGCGAAGGAAUUUGCGCUUUUCCUCAAGAAGCGCUCGGUACUCGAAGACGAACACGCCAACUCCCUUAAGAAGCUAUGCAAGACAUCCCAGGACAACAUGCUGCGGGGCGAGCACCGAGGCGGCACCUUUGGCCGCGCGUACGAGGAGAUGAUGGUGGUGCACGAGCGCAUGGCCGACAAUGGGAUACAAUUUGCCAUGUCGCUGCAGACCAUGGCCGAGGACCUGACCGAGCUGUCGCUGGUCGCUGAGAAGUCCAGGAAAGGGUGGAAACAGAGCGGCCUGGCCGCCGAGCAGCGCGUCGCGGACCUCGAGGCCGCCAUGCGCAAGUCGAAAUCGAAAUACGAUGCUCUCGCUGAGGAAUACGACCGGGUCCGGACUGGGGACACCGCGGGCCGUCCCGGUGGAAAGAUGUUUGGCUUCAAGGCACACAAAUCGGGCGCUGGGUACGAGGAGGAUCUUUUGCGCAAGGCCCAGGCCGCGGACCAGGAUUACCAGGGGAAGGUCCAGGUGGCCGCGACGGAGAGGAGCGAGCUGGAGACUAAAACGAGGCCGGAAACGGUACAAGCCCUCCAAGAUACCGUGCGGGAAUGCGACUCCGCGUUGGCGUUGCAGAUGCAGAAAUUCGCGUCGUUCAACGAGAAAUUGGUGUUGAGCAAUGGCCUCAAUAUCAGCCCCCUUAGGCAGGCGUCUGAUACGCGGAGUUUGCGCGAGAGUGUCCUUGCCAUCGACAACGAGAAGGAUUUGAGUGAGUAUCUCAGCGGCCAGCACGUCAGGUUACCGCCCAGGACAGGGCCGCCGAAAUACGAACGUAAUGCUCUUCUUGAUGCGUCGCGGCCGGCGGUCGCUUCUUCGCCAGUAACUGCUCACAACCCACAGCAACAACAGGCCCUCGGCGCUGUGCAGCCGCCGCCAUCGGGCAUCUUCCAAGGAGGGUCUCGUUCCAGUACCUUCUCAGACGCCACGGCCGCUCCGCCGAGCCAGGGGUCCGUCGGCCACAGCUACAAUCAAAGCCUAGGCUCUAUUCCUGUGCUCGGUGGCCCUCCUCAGUCUUCGUCGUCCCAGCACCAGCAUGAGAGGAGCUUUAGUCACGGAAGCGGCUUGAACCAAGGCAAUGGCCCUACUGGCCAACAACCGUACCGUGGCCCGAACGCGCCCCAUCAUCAAAGCCAACCGUCCGGGUCCCGCUUUGACGGCUCGUUCAACUCCACUACGUCUCAGGGGCCGCCACAGCUCGGCGCCUUAUCUUUCCAGAGCCCCCAACCUCAGCAGUCGCAGCAACCGCCCUAUUCGCAAGCAUCAGCCCCGGAAACUACCGCUCCUUCAGCUGCGUUCCAACAACCGCCCAAUAUGAUCGUGCCUCAGUCACACACGCCACCUGCAGGACAGCAAAUGACCCCGCCGCGUCCUGUGUUUGGUAUCACGCUCCCUCAGCUUUAUGAGAGAGAUGGACUGGCGGUUCCCAUGGUGGUGUACCAGUGCAUUCAGGCCGUGGACCUGUUUGGCUUGAAUGUCGAGGGUAUCUACCGGUUGUCUGGCUCGGUACAACACGUCAACAAACUCAAGAACUUGUUCGACACAGACUCUUCCUCCAGCAACCUCGACUUCCGCAACCCCGAAAACUUCUUCCACGACGUCAACAGCGUCGCCGGUCUCCUCAAGCAAUUCUUCCGCGACCUGCCCGACCCCCUCCUAACGCGGGAGAACUACCUCGCCUUUGUCGAAGCAGCCA